CACACGGACUCUGGCGAGGGAACACGUGUGCAUGCAACAUGCACACAUUCUGGCUCCGCCUACGAGAACCGCCGGGUGGUACCUCCACGUUCGACAGUCAGAGACCAUCUCCGCACAGCGCACGGCGACUGAUCAGGAGACCGAAGAGUCUACUACUGCGGCCACCGCUGCUGCCUUGAUAAUUUAUUAUUAAAGCAUCAGGUUCAUCU